CGGUGAUUGCAAAGUUCCUGCGACUAAAGCGGCAAAAUGGAGGAGGCGCCUCACGACUGUCCCGGAACCGGCAGCACCCAGGCGGGCAGAGGGGCCGCCUGUCAAGGGUGUCCCAACCAGCGGCUAUGCGCUUCAGGAGCUGGCGCGGUUCCAGACCCGGCCAUGGGGGAAAUCAAAGAGAAAAUGAAGACCGUGAAACACAAAAUCUUGGUGUUAUCUGGGAAAGGCGGUGUUGGGAAAAGCACGUUCAGCGCCCACCUUGCUCACGCUCUAGCAGAGGAUGAAAACACGCAGGUUGCUCUUUUAGACAUUGAUAUAUGUGGGCCGUCAAUUCCCAAGAUAAUGGGAUUGGAAGGAGAACAGGUUCACCAGAGUGGCUCUGGCUGGUCUCCAGUGUUCCUGGAAGACAACCUGGGGGUGAUGUCGGUGGGUUUCUUGCUCAGCAGUCCUGAUGAUGCUGUUAUCUGGAGAGGACCAAAGAAAAAUGGCAUGAUCAAGCAGUUCCUCCGCGAUGUGGACUGGGGAGAGGUUGACUACCUCAUCGUGGACACCCCGCCCGGGACUUCGGACGAACACCUCUCUGUCAUCCAGUACCUGGCCGCAGCACACAUCGAUGGGGCGGUGAUAAUCACCACCCCUCAGGAGAUGUCCCUCCAGGAUGUCCGGAAAGAAAUCAACUUCUGUCACAAGGUGAAGCUGCCCAUCAUCGGGGUGGUGGAGAACAUGAGCGGCUUCAUCUGCCCUAAGUGUAAGAAAGAGUCUCAGAUAUUCCCGCCAACAACUGGGGGUGCCGAGGCCAUGUGCCAAGAUCUGAAGAUACCUCUCCUUGGCAAAGUGCCUCUGGACCCACACAUAGGUAAGAGUUGUGACGAAGGACGGUCUUUUUUGAUUGAUGUGCCGGAUUCACCAGCCACAUUAGCCUACAGAACCAUCAUUCAAAGAAUCCAAGAGUUCUGUAGUCUCCAGCAGCCAGAGGAGAGAGCCUCAUUAGUUCCUGAAACACAGAGGGACAUUAUGGACACGAGCAGCACAGCCAGCAUGUCCUGACCAGCUGGGGCGGAGUGGGGCCACCGGCAGAGGGACCAGGCUCUGGUGUGCUGUGAAGUCACGUUUGCAGAGACACUUUAAUCAUCUAAUGUUUGUACAGUUUUCUUCAGAACAUAUAUA